AUGCUCAUCCCCCGCGUCAUCAGCCAAUCGCCACGCCGGCUUCAUGUCGUCCUGCAAACCCCGCGUCCGUGGCCGCACUGCACGCCACGGCGGUAUGCCUCCAGUAGCAAGCCAGCGGAUGAUACUCAUAGCGAGGGCCAUGGCCAGCAGGGCAAGGCCCAAGGAUUACCUGCACCGGGCCAGGGUGUCACGCUGGACAUGAGCGACGGGGACGCAAGUGCCAAGCUGAGUCAGUUGGGACCCUUGGUCGUCAACAGAGAUGGCACGACGGGACGGGUCGCCAAUUGGGAAACGAUGACUACGCAUGAGCAGGAGACGACGCUGCGGUUGCUCAAGAUGCGGAACAAGGCUCGGCUUGACGAACUCAAGGCGAAAAACAACGAGGCGGCGGCGGAGGACUAG